AUGACACGUUUGAGGGGAAUGAAGCCUGGUCCGGAGCUUGCUUCGGAGAGCCAAACCUCUCCAAAAGAAGGCUUCGAGCCAGCCAACGAUUCCCCUCAACACAACCCUCUUGAAAUUGUGAGAAACCCUACCUUCAACACUCAUAAAUCUUUUUUCUGGCCGGAUUCAUGGGAACACGAUGUGCGUACACUUUGGACAUCGAGGGCAAGAGAGAGAUACUCUGGCUUCAUCUCCACCCUUAAGAAAUUGAAAGAGAGGCCAGCAUUUGUGUCAGAAGAAUUGUGGAAUGGGCUGCUCGUGUAUUGGGAAAGUAAGGAUGUUAAAUACAAGUCAGAAAUCGCACGGAAGGCGAGAUAUUCAGAGAUAGGUGGACCCGGCACGGGCUAUAGCAAACAUUAUGGGGGCACAUCGUGUGCUGUAGUUAAAGCUCAGAAAAUAGCAAAUGAAAAGGGGGUCUCUAUUGGAGAUUGUAUGUAUGAUGCCUACUUGGCACUACACUUCAAGAAUGGAAAAUAUACAACUAAGGAGGCCGAAGAGAUAGAUGCCAAGGUAAAAGAGAUUGUGGCUGCACAAGGUGAGGGAGCAAAUCUAAAUGAUAUAUAUGUCAAUCAAGUCAUGGGAAGCUGCCUUGACAAGAAGAAGCGGAUGCUUAGAACGGGAGUCCUUGGACCAAUGCUCUUAGGGAGUAAGUCUGUGGCUGCUUCAACUAGCAAUCAACAGGAUGCCAAGUGGAAAAGUGAGAUGCAACAAAAUUUCAACGAAGAGCGUGAGCGUAGAAUGAAGUUGGAAGAGGACGUGAGCAGGAUGCAGAAGGUGGUGGAUCUGUUGGUGAGCCAACAGUCCCACCAGUCAAGUUACUCUGCUGCCCGACCUGAUGAAGAAUAUUCUACCUGAUGCUAGAAGCGGAGGAGGUGGCUCAAAGAUGAACAAGAUCCAAGAUUUGGAGAGAGACGAAGUUUAUUACACUAGGAAGGAACAAGAUUGUAGAUGAUAAAUUUGUCAAAAACGGUCCCACAACUAUUUUGCAGACUUGAGAAGCUACAUGCUCGACUAUUUUGUUAUUAACUAAGUUUUAGAAUUGCACUAA